UCAGAGCCGGGUGAAGCAGCGGCCCCCCCUUCAGGCGGCCGACUGGGAGGAGCGGAGCGGCCCUGAGGGACGGAGCCAGUGGAGGAUUGUCGUGUCCCGUCCGCUCUGCCUCGCUGUGCAAUGGAGGAUGCGCUGCCUUCGGGCCUGUUGGAGGUCUGCUUGCUGGUCGGCGUGCCUAGAGAGCAGUUGAGGACUCAACUGCAGGACACUCAAAGAAAACCUAGAAGUCUUCUUCCCCUGGAUCCAGAAGUUCUUUCUGUAUUUGUGCCUCCAUUUAUCAGCAGAGAUGAUAUUCACUCGACUAACACAAGUGGUAACAACUUCAACAGAGGUAAACGCCGGUCUUUCCGAAAAAAGAAAGAGAGACCAAAGUUGGAAAAUGCCAAGACUCUCAAUGGGGAUCAGAAAGCACCUGGCACUGAAGAUAUUACAGUUCCAAAGGACAUUGAUCUCAUUGGUUUGCCACAGCUGUGCUUCCCAGGAGGACUUUUUAUAACUGCAGAACCAAGAGAGGACCACAUUCACUUCCUGGUCUUCACAGAUGUCUGUGGUAACAGAACAUAUGGUGUUGUUGCACAGUACUAUCAGCCAAUACAAGAUGGCUGUAUUGCCUCCAAUGGGCAGGCCCAGUGGGAAUCUGUGCGGGCUGGGAAGAAGCCUGGCUGUUUUGUACCGCUUGCUAUUUGUGUUAUAUCCAGAUAUCCAUAUUUUAAUGCCCUCAAGGAUUGUCUGUCAUGCCUACUAGUGCAACUGCGAUCUUUCAAGGAUUUAGAUGUUGAUGAUCACAUAAAAGAAUUUGCAGCAAAAUUAUUUUUAAUACCCAGCCCGCCACCAGGACCACUGCAUUUGGUAUUUAAUAUGAAACCACUUCAAAUAAUUAUUCCUUCACAAGAGGAUCCGGACAGUCCAGUUAUUGACUUGGAUCUUCAUCUUCCAUUGCUGUGCUUCAAGCCAGAGCAGGUGCUGCAGAUUAUGACCUGUAUUUUGACUGAGCGGAAAAUGGUGUUCUUCUCUUCUGACUGGGCCCUGCUGACACUUGUGGCUGAGUGCUUUAUGUUAUACCUUCAUCCCCUUCAGUGGCAACACACCUUUGUGCCUCUUCUGUCUCGUCAUAUGCUGGAUUUUGUCAUGGCUCCAACAUCUUUUCUUAUGGGAUGCCAUGCUGAUCAUUUUGAAGAAGUUAGCACAGAAGCUGAAGAUUUAAUUCUAAUUAAUAUUGAUGACGGGAAUAUUUCACAUUCAAGAAUGGUUGAAGAGGAGCCUGAAAUUCCAGACGUUCCAGCGCAAGCAGCAGAAACCUUCAAAAAAAGAGCGGAGAGUCUUCAACUGCAUUAUGAUUUAGAGCUGUGUCAUCUUCGUGCCACCACAGAUCUUGGUGAACUUCAGAUGCGCAGAAGGGCUUGGCAGCAGAAACUGAACACAGAAGUUCAGCAGAUGACUUUGCAGUUAAUUGUUAAUAUCUUCAGGGAGGUAAAAGACCACCUAAAUUAUGAACACAGAGUGUUUAACAGUGAAGAAUUUCUGAAAACAAGAGCAAUAGGAGACCAGCCAUUUUAUGGAAAAGUUUUAGAGACCUACAUGUUUCACUCUUUCCUUAAAGCUCGUUUGAAUAGAAAGAUGGAUGCUUUUGCUCGACUUGAAUUGAGCACCCAGUCUGAAGAGGAUAGAUUCAACUUGAUGUUUCGUACUCCGAGAAGACUUACUAUGGAGAAAAUGGCUUCUAAGAGAUUUAAUUCACAGAACAUCAUUAACAGACGUAUGGUAAUCAGUAUGCCUAAUCUGCAAGAUAUCAAGCUACCAGAGAGUCCUACUAGAAGGUCCUCGCUUCGAAGAAUAGAGGCAGGCAUUGCUGUGAAAAAGCCCUCCAAAUCAGUUAGUACAUUCAAAAUCCCAGAAAUUCACUUUCCUCUGAUGAGCCACUGUGUUCACUCCUACUAUACAGAGUUCUUCAACCAUCUCAGCAAAGCUAUAAAUACCUUACCACCUGAUAACUCAGCAUUGCUGGCAAGGUACUUCUACCUCCGGGGACUUAUUAGCUUGAUGCAAGGGAAACUACUAAAUGCACUCUCUGACUUUCAGAACCUAGAUAAAACAGACUUAAGAAUUUUCCCUACUGAACUUGUAAGAAAAAUUGUGGAAACUUUGCCUCCUUCUGAGCGUUUUCAAGCUGACCGCAAGCCUGAGCUGAAGAGGCUGAUAAGCCUAGUGAUGGAACAACAGAGGGAAGUGACAAAAAUAGAUGACCAUGUAAAACACUUUGAAUUGCCAAAAACACACAUGCAACUGGAUGAUUUUGUGAAGCGAAUCCAGGAGUCUGGGAUUGUCAGAGACAUAGACACUAUACAUCGGUUGUUUGAUGCCUUAACCGUAGGGCAGCAGAAACAAAUUGAUCCUGAAACAUUCCGAGAUUUCUACAACUACUGGAAAGAAACUGAAGCAGAAGCUCAAGAGGUCAAUCUGCCACCAGCAGUAAUAGAACAUCUGGAUAAAAAUGAAUGUGUCUACAAGUUAUCCUGCUCAGUUAAAACUAACUAUGGUGUAGGAAAAAUAGCACUGACCCAAAAGCGCUUAUUUCUUCUGACUGAAGGAGGACGUCCUGGCUAUGUCCAUAUUGCUGCUUUCAGGGAUAUAGAGGAUGUUAAGAACACAACUGUAGCUUUCCUUCUUUUGAGAAUACCUACUCUGAGGAUUGAAACGAUAUAUAAAAAACAAGUAUUUGAAGCUAACCUGAAAACUGAGUGUGAUCUCUGGUACCUGAUAGUGAAAGAAAUGUGGGCUGGAAAGAAAAUGGCUGAUGAUCACAAGGAUCCUCAGUAUAUUCAGCAAGCAUUGACAAAUGUUCUCCUGAUGGAUGCUGUCGUUGGUGCACUGCAGUCCUCCAAAGCUAUAUAUGCAGCCUCUAAACUGUCUUAUUUUGACAGGAUGAAGAAUGAAGUGCCUAUGAUGAUCCCCAAAACAACCUCAGAGACAUUAAAGCACAAGAUCAACCCGUCAGCUGGUGAGACAUUUCCACAGGCAAUAGAUGUCUUGCUUUAUACUCCAGGGCAUCUUGACAUUUCAGAAAGACCUGACAAUGCUCAUCCAAAACUGUGGUGUGCUUUAAACGAAGGGAAAGUUGUGGUCUUUGAUGCAUCUACCUGGACUAUUCAACAGCACUGUUUCAGAAUGGGCCGCUGUAAACUGACUUGUAUGGUAAUGGUAGAACAGAGUCAAGUAUGGAUUGGUUCUCAAGAUUCCAUUAUUUAUAUAAUCAACACUCACAGUAUGUCUUGUAAUAAGCAACUGAAUGAUCACCAUUCUGAUAUUACAGACAUAGUCGUGGAGAAGAAGAAUGGAAUACCCAGUGAAGCAUACUCAAGCAGCUUAGAUGGAACAGUGAUUGCUUGGAACAUCAGCACUCUGAAGGUUAACCGUGCUUUUCAGCUGCCCUGCCAAAACCUAACUUCUAUUAAACUUCAUAAUGAACAACUGUGGUGCUGUACUGGAAGCUGCAUAUUUGUAAUGUCAACUUAUGAAUUUCGACUACAAAUGAAGAUUGAGCAACACCUGAAGGAUGUGUGUUCAUAUUUCCUCUGCUUCCAGCUCUUUCCUGAGAGAAAUGAAGUGUGGGCAUCUUACUCAGGGAGUAGUGACCUGUAUAUUUGGAACACCAAAGACUUUGCAAGCACACCUCAAAAAAUUCAUCUUCAAGAUUGCUCUGAGAUUACCUGCAUGAUACAAGUCAAAAAUCAGAUGUGGGUUGGCAGUAGUGGAACAUCACAAGGCAAAAUCAAAGGGAAGAUCUACGUGAUCAGUGCUGAGAAGAAGACUGUGGAAAAAGAAUUGUUUGGUCACGCUGAUACUGUAAAGGCUCUUUGCUCUGCAGAGGACAGAUACGUCCUCAGUGGUGCUGGAAAGGAAGAAGGGAAAAUUGCCAUUUGGAAAGUUGAAUAGUUAAGCUAUUCAAAAUAUGUCUACCUAUGGUGGAAAAAAGACCUCGGGCCUUGGUUACUCUAGCAUUUUGCUUCUAUUUCAGCCACCUGUCAGUGUUAUUUUUGUAUUUAUUCAGCUAUUUUCAGUAGCUACAUUGUUGUUGAAAAUCAGCUUUGAAAUGAUUCUCUCCUUGCAUCUUGUACUGCACCUGCACAUUUGAUAAAGAAAUGGAAAUGUGAGUAGAGGGAUCGCUGGCUUUAAACUUAACCAUAUUUUGUUGUGAAGGAUCAGAGUUACAGGCCAAGUCUGUUAUGCAGGCUGCAUUAAAUCAGCUGAAGCUGGUGAGGUUAAGUUCAGUAAUUCCACAGGAGCUCUUUCUCAGCAGUGUAUAUAGUAGCUGGAAAUGUUCACUAAAAUCAAACAAAGAAACAACAAAUCCCAGAACCAAACCAAAAACAAAACACCCCAAUGGAUUUGUUUGAUUCAUUGAGUUAAUGUAAAUGCUGAGUUAUUUAUCUUUCUGAACUAGCAGCUACAAUUAGCUGGGAAGACUGCCCAUUAUCACUGUGUGUAUAUAUUUAUGGUGCUGUAUUAUUUAAAAGGUAGAUACGGGCAGACUCUUUUUGAUAGCACUGGAAACUUCCUGCUGCUAAAACAGGAUACUUGGAUAGUGUCAGUAACUGUUCUUAAACUUGUUCUUCUCCUAAAAACAAUGCACGGCACUUGGCAUUUAUGAAACUGACAUUUUUUUUCCCCAAUCUGAAAUACUUUAUUUAACUACUAUAUGUAUUGCAUUUGCUUUUGGAAGCAACCUUUUAGUCACUGUGCAAAGAAAUCUCUGCCGGUCUUCCCUUCAGCCAACAUUUCUGUCAUCAGAGGAACUGCUGACAUUUAAUAUAGAACUUCAGAGUCAUCAAACGAUGCCUUAACUACUGAAGUGGGCAUAAUCAAAUAGCCUUCUAAAGGGUUCUUUCAAGCAGCAUUUCCUAAUCACUUCCUAAUGUACUUUUUUCCAUUGAUGACAAAAUCAUCUACAAGUAGAACAGUCUUUGCAGAAUAGUUUUACCUGUAUCAGUGCUGAGUAAAGUGGAACACAAUAUUUAAAUUAUUACAAACAGAAGGAACAAAUGGGCUGCUACUUUUUCAACAAGUAUAAGCUGAAACUGUAGGCCUGAUAGAAAUGUAAACUACUAAGAGUGUACUGCAUCUAAUAUUUUAAAUCUUUCAAUGUACUGAUGAAAGGUUUUAUGUGAUGGUAACUGUAAUUUUACCUUUUUAGUAUUUUUGCAAUUGAAGAAUAUUAAACACUAUAUUGAUACUCUGGCUUUUCUUUGUUCCUUUUUCCUGUGUGAUGUAGUGCACAAUACAAGAGUUAUGAUUUUUUUUUUUUUUACAUUGACUUGCAUCACCUCUCUGUGCUAAGAAUAAUUGCCUGUUUCUCUCUGCAUAUUCUCCUUUCUAAAAACAGCUUCUGCUGCUCAUGUGUCCUCCUUCUGAGCCCUUCAUCUGUAACUUCCAGACUCCUUAUUUCCCUCCCAGGCAGCUGUCUGGCUGCUGGUGGUAGGUGGAAGUAAUUAUGUUCUGUCUGCAGAGAUAAGCAGGAGCUGAGGUGCUGAGGAGAUGUCAGUUGUUGCAGGGAUGUACCCAGCUACUGCAGCCUGUUUGCCAGUGCCUGUCUGAUUCCUGCUACACUCCUUGGACCUUGCUUUGCUGUCUCUACUGGCACCUUGCUUGUGUAAAUGUUAGAUGACAAAACUAGAAAAUACCAAUUUUCAUGCUUGAACUCUUCUGGAAAAUUUAUGAUGUAUUGAUUGAAUAGCAACAUAAUUUAUUGAUUAGAUGAGUCCUUUUCAGAACAAUGCUUUCUUUAAUACCAUCUGUUGCUAUGGCUGUUGAACACAAGCAUAUAGGAGUGCAAUUUAACCAGAGCUGGUAAAACCAUGUGAAACACAGAUCCUUCAACAGUCAUCCCUAAGGGCAGGAGUAGCAGCGAUACAAAUAUGAUUGAUUUGGGGGCACAAUGCCAUGCUUUUUUUGACUUUCCUCAUGAGAUGAGAAAGCUCAGGUAUGUGUUUACUUACUAUUUCUUCUUUGAUCCAGUGUUACACACAUGACAGUGAACCUGCAGGAAUAGGGCUUUGGGGUUUAGUUCAGUUUUCAGUCCACUUGUUCUUUUCCUGCUGUUUGAUGGGCCCCUUCGUGGUGGGGAGGCACAGGGGGAGGGAUUCUCAGACUCCAGAUACCCUCAGAGCUGCUCUUUGCCAUGCUGCCUACUAAGAGUCUGGCAAGUUGAGCUGCCAGCGAGCAACACACCUAAUCUGCUGAUGGAUGCUGCCUCUUCAUUUGUGUUCUCUGCUCAUCUCUCUUGUGAGCUUGCAGUAAGCUGUUUGAGGUGAGAGCACCUUCUAGUUGUGUUCAUGACAUAACACUCUAUUGGCACUUAGCAAGAACUCCUGCAGAUGUUGAUGUUAUAAAUGCUGCUGCUUGAAUGCUUGGAUUUUGUAAAACUGCUGAGCUUUUCAAAUCAAAGGCAAAUUCUCAGGGCUCAAAAUGGGCUGCCAAAUAGUGGGGAAGCUUUAUGUUCUACUGGCGAUUGCCUUCUCCUCAAAAUGAUGUAUAAAUAUUUAUAAAUAAUGUAUAGAUAAACCAGAAAAAGUCACUGCAUCCUGCCAACCUGUAUUACAGCCAGGAUUUCAGUUUCCACUUGUCUGGAGAGAUUUUGGUCUCUAUUGUCUCCACUCAACAUCAAGGUAACUGCCUUCCUGAGUGGGAAUAAAGACCUCCCAGGCUUCAGGAAGCCACUUUUGGAACAGAUGCAGCACUCUGAGCUCUCUUGCCCAGCUGCUGAGCUGCUGUUGGAACUGGUCAGCUGUAACUUGAACCCCCCAAGUCUCCCUGUGCUGCCAUUCCUUCCUUUUCUCCUUCUUUGAAGUACUGCUUGCUUCUUGAAAGUCAGCUGCAGUUCAAGGUUGAUUUUUGAUUCCUUUCUGCUGUUGAUUUUUCAGGCCGAGGGGUGGCAGUGUUUGCUUCUAGAAAUAAGCUGCAUUAACCACGGGGACAGGAGCUGCUUGAGAAGUCCUGCUGUUGCGUGCUGGCUGUGAUCUCCUGCGUGGGCUGUGCAGUGAGGUCCCACUGCUCUUCCCUGGAACCAUCCUGCCCUGUUACUGGAAAGGACUCAGUGAGGUUUCCCAUCUUCCCCUUCCUUUGGCAUGGUGCACAGAGCUGGUACAUGGAUGCCUGGGAGGAGAUGGAUGAACCAAAUGCUGUGUGGGCUUUAAAUUCUCUGAGCUGAUGCCACAGGGCCUGACAAACUGCCUAAGGAGAAGUCACAGACCAAAUCCAUCAAGCAAAUAACUGGAAAUUCAACUAAUAAAACAGAGCUCUUCAUGCUCUAAGUUCAACCAGGCAGCUGGUAUGGGUAAUCUGAUACAGGUGUUCCUUUUGCUUUCCCCUCUUGUCACCUGCAGGGUCUGGGUGCUUAGCCAGUUCUGCUGUGAGCUGGUUUAUUUGUAACCCACUUGUGGUUGGUUUCAAAUGACCCCAUUUCUUCCAGAAACUCUCCUAAGCCUUCCACUGCACAGGGUAUCACACUAUGGAAAAGGAGAGCAGGAAGAGGCUGAUGGGCUGGCAAAGGAGGGGUGAGACUUGAAGGGAAAACCCUAAACUCCCUGUAGUGCUGCUCUCAGCGAUAGCAUUUGUUGGCUGAGCAGAUGACAGCCUUCACCUGGGAAUGGGUCAGAACAACUAGGGCAAAAGCAGAAUCUGUAUUCAGGGAUGUGCACCCUUCCUGGGUUGCAGCAGUUUGCUCUUCUGUCUGUAUUUCCUCCCCUGAUGUACCCAAAUGUUCCAAGUAUCGGCUCCAUCACUAAGUGCCUCCACCCACAAACAACACAGGAAUGCAAACCACAAACUCUUACUGAAAUGUUUAUUAAGAUUGAAAUUCAGAACAACGGAUUGGAACACAAUGUCUUGUGGAGUAGAAUAUCUCUAAAUUGAUUUUUGUUUUCUAUGCAUAAAUGAAAAAAAAAAACAAGAUUAUACAAAAAGAACAGAAAGUGCAGAACACAAUAAAACAGUUCUCAUGCAACAACUCUUUUUUUUUUUUAACCUUAAAACAGAAAAAAAGCUCAACAGUGUAGAAAUAAAAAACAUACAUACGUUAUGCCGUCUACGCACUCAAACAUUCAUCUGUGACAUUACUUUUCUUUAUCCCUUUUUCCUCAUAAAACUUAAUGUUAUGUGUUUAACACAUGCUUAUAAACAUUGCUAAACUCAGCAAGAGCUAUUAUAGUGCCCCAACUUAAUAAGUUGAUAAAAAAGUAGUUGUCGUACGGCCAGUUCACACAGGAACUAAAUAUUCUCUUUUUUAUUUUUUCUGCUAUGAGAUGCCUAUAUGCAGCUUUCUAUUAAUAUGAGGCAUUUAAAAUAAGCUGGUCAUUUGGCUACCAAAAGGGCUUAGUGUUCAUGUUACAUCAGAAUAAAGAGUAAUAAUUGGGAACUGCCAAUUUGUUAAUAGCUCAGUCUUUCUGGUUUUGGGGUUGUUUACUACAAUUUGGCUACCACUGAGUUGAAAAGGUGCAGGCUAAGGGGCUGAUUUGCUCAAGGAAGGCUUUGCUUUCAGAACUCUACCCCUCAACUCCAAAAUUUAAGGACAACAAGUCAGAGAAUGCUGAACUGAACCUGUGUCCUGGCCUUUCUGUAAAGCUUUAGCAGGCCACAAACACAGCAAAAGCCUUUGAAUUUGAGAAGAAACUGUUUGUUUUUUUUUUUUUUUGAGGGAAAAUAUUUGCC